AUGUCCUCCUCCCAAGCCACCAUAGUCGACCUCGGUGUCGAUGACGACCCCGGCGUCAUCGUUCGCCAGUCGCAGUCAGAUCUCCGGCUUCUCGAGACAGGAGAGUUUUCAAAUUUCACAGUCGUUUGUGGAGACCGCGAGUGGAAGGCCCACAAGGCCAUCAUCAGUAAAGUCCCGUACUUCAAGGCCAUGGUGGGCGGCGGCUUCAAGGAAACCAUCCAAGAGAAGACUACCAUCAAAGAAUUCUUCGAGCCCUUCGAGAUACAGUGGCUUAUGUCGUACAUUUACUUCCCUCAUUUUGACUUGGAGUCUGCGCGGCUCGAUACUGCUAGCCAGUCCCACCUCGAGACAUGCGUCAGGCUGUGGCACAUUGGCGAUUACUUUCAAGUCGACCGCAUGUCAAAGCUGGCCGAAGACAAGUUGAAAGCUGGCUGUGAUCACUGGCGCCAGUGCUCUGGUACAGUGGAUACAACAAAACAUGGCACGUCCUUCAUCGUCGAUCUCGAAUCCGCCAUACGACAGGCCUGGCGGCAGGAUCUUGUCUCAGGUCCUCUGCAGGCAAUGCUUAUCAGUCUUUGCCUCGAUUUCGCCCCCUACGUGCGACGCCACGAGUCUUUCGGUGCGCUGUUGGAAGAGAUACCUCAGUUCGCAGUCGUCUUUUCCCAGCGAGCGUUGGGCUCCAUCAUAUCGAGCCUGCGACUGCCAAAGCCAAGCCAGAUUAUGGAUCCGGGUCCGAUUCACGACGACAUACUCUUCGCAAUAGAUAUACGUCGCAGCUUUAUAAAUCUUACAGCAAACGAAGAACGCCGCCGCCUUCCUUCGGGUACGCAAAGGCUUGGGAGGACUACAAGCCGUGGAGCAUUUCGGCCGCCCAAGUGA